GGUAAAUAUAUUGUUCUGUUCCACUAAUAGCUAUUAGUAUGAAAUAUUUCAUGCCCUUCUAUGUAUUCGUUGCACUUUACUCCUUGUUAAAGUACAAAUAAAUCAAUGGAACAUCCCAGGUAUCACGAGUUAACGGUCAAUAAAGCAAAAGUAUAUUUGUUUAGCCCCAUCUCGACAUUGUAUUAUGUAAGAGUAGGCCGAGUUCCAAAGUACAUGCGCACUGAGUGAAUAAUGGCGUCCAACGCAAUCAGCGAAAUUACCGACGAGUUUCUAGUCUGCCAGAUCUGUUUGGAGAACUUCAAGCAGCCUAAGGUGCUGCCGUGUCUUCACACCUUCUGCCAGCCGUGUUUGGAGAGGCUCCUGGCCGCAGAGCCGGUAGGAAAACUGGACUGUCCAAUAUGCCGACAGGACGUGCCCCUCCCAGAAAAUGGCGUCCAGGGGCUAAAGUCCAACUUUCUUGUUGGCAAACUGCACGACAUUUUACAACAACAGUCCAAGUGGUCAGCAAAAAGGGGAGCAUCGGAACCAGAAGAAGACGGAGUUCCGUGUAUGGGAUGUGAGAAGGAUGAACCUGCAAAGUUUUACUGUCUCGAAUGUACCGACUACCUGUGUCAGGUGUGUAACGACGCUCAUCGAAGACUCAAAGGCACAAGAGCUCACGAAGUUGUAACAGUUCAAGAUAUGCAGUCUGGUAAUAAAAGGGCAAGGGAGACCUCCAAAUGUGAGACUCACAAUGAACUGCACAAGUUCUACUGUGACACCUGUCACCGGCUCAUCUGUCUGCACUGUGUGGUCACGGUGCACAAAGAUCACCAGUACGUGGAGAUAGAGAAGGCGGUUGAAAGUGAGGGGGCAAAGAUCAAGGCAAAACUUGCAACGGUCAAGAACACAGUAGGCCUGCAUGAGGAGUGGGUAGGCGAGUUGCGAUCGAUAAAGGACAACUGGUCUUCACAGGUACAGCGUACAGAAGAGCAGAUUGAAAAACAGGCGGCUAAUAUCAUCAAUGCCGUUAAGAAGAUAAAGCAAGAUCGAAUCGGUCAGCUUCACACCAUGAAUACUGCUCGGGAGAAACAGCUGCAAGCCGCCAUGGAGGCAGCUGAGAUGGACCUGGCCUCGGCCAAGAGCUGUGUCCAGUUCACAGACAACGUGUUGGAGUACGGGAGUCCAGCGGAGGUCAUGUCGGUGGCCAGAGAACUGACCAGACGGCUGGAUGAAACCUCAGACAAAAACGCCAUAAACAAGGCUGUCAAACUAAUCAAAAGUAUCGAAGAUUUUACCUUAGACCCUCAGGAAGAUAACGUGAUGGCGGAAGUAGCCAAACUUGUUGGCCGAGUAAGGAAAACAAGAAUACCGAUGUUAGGUUCAUCUCAAACAAAGCAAGUACGAACAAACGUUGUGAUGAGUCGUAGUAGCGCGCCCGCUUUAGACCACAUCAAAACUGUUGGAAAAGAAGGCAAUAGAGACGGACAGUUUAGUACACCGCUCUCCCUAGCUGUUACCACAGAUGGAUUCCUUGUAGUGGCCGAGUUUUACAACGAACGUUUGCAGAUCUUAGACAAAGAUGGUUCCUUUAAGAACAAGUUUGAUUUGUGGUUCAAGCCAUCGUGUGUGGCAGCACUGACAAACGGUGAGCUGUUGGUGACCGGAAACGGAAACAGAAUUCACGUGCUGAACACGCAGUGUUCACGUGUCAUCCAGGUGAAACGAGCAGCUGCAGGUGAAGAUACAAAAGGUAUCGCUGUUGACGGCUUGGGACGAAUCAUCGUUACUAUCGGGUGCCAAGUUUUUGCACUCAGUCCCAGCGGUGACGUCAUGGUGAAGUUCGGUGGCAAAGGUCAAGGUCAACAGCAGUUGAGUUCAUCCCUUCGUGUGGCCGUGAACAGCAGUAACCACAUCAUCAUCAGUGACAACAGGAACAACAACAUCAAGGUAUUUGACCCAUCCGGUGGUCAUCUCUACACGUGUGGGUCAUCUGGCUCCGGCCAUGGUCAGUUGGAUAGCCCCUACUGUGUCAUCACGGACAGCGAGGAUAACAUCAUCGUGGCUGAGUUCGGCAAUCAUCGUGUUUCCAUGUUUGGUUCCGACGGUACAUUUAUGACACACGUGAUAACACAGGAGGAACAUGGACUGUUCCGUCCAAUGGGAGUGGCACUAAGUCAGGACGGACAUUUGGUCAUUUCGCAAUAUCAUUCUGUCAAGUUUUUCAAAUAA